AUGGAAACACAAAACUACUCGGAGUAUUUCUAUGUUUUAGGAAAACAAUAUUUCACACUCGGAAAUUAUGAGGCGGCAAAAGAACAGUUUUUAAUAGCGGCGAAUGUGUCUGAUUACCAUGACACAGAAAUUAUCAGUUCACUUUGUGAAGUGCUCAUACUUCUCAAGGAAAGAAAAGAAGCAGUUACUAUUUUAUUACGAUACUUUAAUAUCCCACACAUUUCAUUGAUACAACCUCCAUACCCAACCGUUAGUACUUUACAACUUUCUAUUUUUAUGUCAGUCUUUUCACACGACAAAAGUGCACUUGAAGUUCUUUCAAAAUUUCCAACGAAGUUGACGACCUUCAAUUUACACUCUCCAAGUCAAGUGAUGCAAAUUUCUCACAUCAAUUUUACAUUAAUCAAGUCGAAAGCCAAAAGUGAUGUCUUGCGUUCAUCCGAGUGUGUUUUAACAAGUGCUCUUGACUCUACAAAUUUAGCUUUUUUAAAUAUGAUAGUACACAACAAGUUACCUUUAGAACAGGCAAUUUCUUCAUGCAACAAGAUGAUUGAAAGUUCGCAAAAUUCACUGAUUCGUGACUUGAACAAACUGACACUCUCUUUAAUGACAAGAAAUUACGUCGAUUUCUUUCAACAAAUUUUGAUGCUUCGACAGACCUUUCCUAAAAUCGAGAGCUCUUCCUUCGUGCAAUUCCUUGAGGCUUUGUUCUUCUACGAAAAACGGAAAUUCACUGAAGCCCAAUAUGCCCUGUCACGGUGUGUCGGGGAAAAUACCGUUGUGUAUUCCACGUCAAUUGAUUUCUGUGGGGAUGUUCCAAUCGAGUCAAGCGAGUUUGAGGAAGCAAACACUGACUUAGAGAAGUACAAGUUAGGCUUAAAGUUCAUUCAAAUUAAGAAGUAUGAGAAAGCUAUUCGGACACUCAAAACUAUUCAAAGCCUUCGAGUAGAAGGGUGUGUUGCUUCUGGGUAUGCUUAUUCAUUAAUGGGAGAACAUGGACUUGCCAUUGAAUGUUACAACGAAGCUUUUGAGUUAACGCCUUCGAAUUUUGAGAUACAAAUUUCUGCUAUUCAAGAAAUGAUCUUAGCUAGAAAUUUGAAUUUGGCGGACCAGACCUUAGGGGGGAUUAUACCUAUUGCUGUCACUUGGGAGGUCUUAGCUUCGUUGGGACAAUUGAGGUAUGCUCAAGGAAAGUAUGCAGAAAGCUUGAAGGCGUAUUCAGCUGCUGUUGAUAAGUGUGGAGAAGAUAAUGUUCGAAUCACUAAACUGAUGUAUUCCAACAUUGGGCAUUGCUAUAGGAAAAUGGGAAAUUAUGAUACAGCCAUUGAAGCAUUUAAUAAAGGGAUGGGACACAACGAUAACAUCCCACUUGCUGGGAUUGGGGCGUGUUUUUAUAAAAUGAACAAUUUGCAAGAAGCCUCGAAGUACUUCCAUUGCUCUCUUGCAAUCAAAGAUGACUAUCUCAUCCAACAAUUUCUGCGACUUGUGACUUCAAAGUUGUCUCAUUGA